GGAGGGAGGGAGAUGCAGCAGCACAGCGCUGUGGCAAAGUGAGGCGGCAUCUGAGCUGCGAGCCCAGGGACACCGGGGAGCCUGAGCCCCUCAGCCGGGCUCAGCCCGAUCCCAUUGGCUCCCGAGCCGCCGGAUUUAAAGGGACGAAGAGCUCGGAGCGCUGAGCUGCACAGGCAGACGCAGACUCUCACCAAGUUGCCAGCACGCUGCGAGCAGCGGAGGCUCGCACACACCGGGCUGCGGGGUGCUUGAUGCUCCCUGGGCUCCAGAAAGGGAAAAGGAAGAGGGGACCAAAAAAACCACAACCAGCUAGAAAGGGGUGAAGGAGCCUGAUACGGUCCAGCAGUCCCAGAGGGAAUAAUGGAUGUGACCAUCUCUCAGUUCAUCUUAGAAGAAUUUGAUGUGAACUGCAGCCUCCUGGAUCGUAUACACGAGACUUUUUUAGAGAGUUCCUCUAUCCCUUUCCUGGGCUUUGAUGGUCCGUACUGCAAUGCCACCACGGACCAGAUCGGGACCUGCUGGCCCAGAACCUCUGCGGGGGAACUCGUGGAGAGACCCUGCCCGGAGUUCUUCAAUGGGAUCAAGUACAACACCACCAGAAAUGCCUACAGAGAAUGCCUGGGCAAUGGGACAUGGGCUUCCAAGAUAAACUACUCUCAGUGUGAGCCUAUUCUGGAUGACAAGAGGAAGUAUGCGCUGCAUUACAAGAUUGCUCUCAUCAUAAACUACCUGGGGCACUGUAUUUCUGUAGGGGCCCUUAUAGUUGCCUUCAUGCUUUUCUUGUGCUUGAGGAGUAUCAGAUGCCUGAGAAAUAUUAUCCACUGGAACUUGAUCACCACGUUCAUCCUGAGGAAUGUGAUGUGGUUUCUGCUUCAAAUGAUAGAUCACAACAUCCAUGAGAGCAAUGAACCCUGGUGUCGAUGUAUUACCACUGUCUACAAUUAUUUUGUGGUGACCAACUUCUUCUGGAUGUUUGUGGAAGGCUGCUACUUACACACUGCUAUAGUGAUGACCUACUCCACAGAUAAGCUGAGGAAAUGGGUCUUUCUCUUCAUAGGAUGGUGUAUUCCCUGUCCAAUCAUCAUUGCCUGGGCCAUUGGCAAGCUGUAUUAUGAAAAUGAACAGUGCUGGUUUGGAAAAGAGCCAGGGAAAUAUAUUGACUACAUCUAUCAAGGGCCAGUGAUUCUUGUUCUCCUGAUAAAUUUUGUAUUUCUAUUUAACAUAGUUAGGAUUUUAAUGACAAAGCUGAGAGCUUCGACCACUUCAGAAACAAUCCAGUACAGGAAGGCAGUCAAGGCCACCUUGGUUCUCCUGCCUCUGCUUGGCAUCACCUACAUGCUUUUCUUUGUCAACCCUGGCGAGGAUGACAUUUCCCAGAUUGUUUUCAUCUAUUUCAAUUCCUUCCUUCAGUCUUUUCAGGGUUUCUUUGUGUCAGUAUUUUACUGCUUCUUGAAUGGUGAGGUGCGUUCUGCUGCCAGGAAGAGGUGGCACCGCUGGCAGGACCACCACUCCCUGCGGGUGCGCGUGGCGCGCGCCAUGUCCAUCCCCACGUCCCCCACGCGCAUCAGCUUCCACAGCAUCAAACAGACGGCGGCCGUGUGACACCUCCCGCUGCCACAGCACCCCGAGGCCUUCAGACUGCUCCUCUCUCCACUCCCGCCCCCAAGCCCCCUCUGCAAGCUCUCCUCCUCUGUCCCCACUGAUCUCCUGCAGCGAGGAUCCCAUCCUGUCUCGUCUCCCACAUCCGUGAUGCUGCUUGGAGGAAAAAGCCUCCUGGAGUUGGUGGUGGUGAAACAGAUUGGAAGAAGGAGCAGAUUCAACCCUGACUGCAUCCUGUGGAAGUUCACAGUGCAAAGUCUAAAACAGCACACUGGCAGGAAUAAUCAAUUUUUUCCUCCUUCCUUUCAG